CAGUUUUGUUCUAUUGCUUUCCAGUAGCCAUGGAACACGAGGCUUGCUCCUUCGCCGCAGUCACCUAUCAUUCUUGAACUACUCCAUCCAAUCCGUCUCCUCUGCAACCAAUCCGUCCUGAGAACAACUCACCUUUGAGUGAUUCGUAUCUCUUUCUUACUCGCCUUUGCUGUACAUUAAUGUCAAAUCACCGCGUCUGCAAGUUCUUCAACAAGCCGGGCGGUUGUCUUAGGGGCUCGACAUGUCUCUUUAGUCAUGAUGGACGAGAAGGCGCUCUUCCCCGUAGCUCUCACCGCUCAGGAAUAUCAUCUUCGUCCUCUGGGAAAGAAAAGAGCAACGCUCCAGCGAGCACUAAUCGGAACAAUUCCAACACACCCCCUCGACGAAACCUCAGUUCCUUUAACUCGCAUGAUACAAUAGGUCGAUUUGAGCAUCGGCAGAAGCCACAGACAGGCGUUGCUCAUGAUCGUGCCCCUGAAGGCUCAACUAUUGGCUCACCUUCUGCUAUCCCAGGGACCUCACUGUCUGAAGAGGCGCUUAUCUCAAAAAUAGUCCAGUCAACUGAGUCUACGGAUGCACUUUUUCCUGUCAGAAAUCCUAGACAGUUUCGCUCAGUUGGGGAUCAACUUCGGAAAUUUCUGAACGAGGAUGGUUUUAGAAUUCAAAGAUCCAGCAACGCAACAGAAUUUGUCGAGCUUUUGGGCCAUUCUAGCUCAGUUUAUGGAGUUUGGGGACAUGAAGAUCGACAGCUUCUCCUAGACAACCUCACUUCUAAUAUCUUCGUCGGAAACGGCUAUAGACAUUUGAACACCAUUUUAUCAGGAUCCACCCCUGAACCUCCCUCGUUCGAGCACCAUAUACUUCCGCUUCUUGGAUUUUUCACUAGCCAUGCUAUUGUUCAAUCUGUUCGGGCACAGAGCGUAAACGCACUCUACGCUCUUAUCAACGAGAAUUUCGAGUUUAUGUUUGAACGUAUCGAUCAAUGGAUGAUUCCUCACUUGAAGCGUAUGAAAUUGGGCGCAAUGGGCGGACUUACUCACUUGCAGUCCUGUCGUGUUUUAAUCACUGUCGCCAUAGCAACUAUUCAGUUUAUUUCGCGCUAUAAACGGGCUCUUAUCGAUCACGCAAACGUCUUGAAACUGGUGGACAAGCUUCUGGAUUGGUUUCAGUCAUGGAAGCCGCUAGCCGAGGCUUCAAGACAUUCAGUUCAAGCAACCCUUGAUAAAGCGUGCACGUCGCCAAAAGUUGUAGAGCACGCACAUAAGACGUUGAAGCGCCUAGUCUCGCUCUGCCAAAGGGAAAAUAUUCAUCAUGUGUUUCCCGGGGAAUUUACAGCAUCUGCCCAUGCCUCGCAGCCGGUUGUAAAUGUUAGCGUACUCUAUCUCACAUAUGAGGGACCAGGAAUACACCGCUCAGCCGGACCUCGUCAUGAUAACGAUUUUGCUGACAUAAAGGAUAUCCGAAUUUCCCCUACACACGAUGAACUAACGUCAACUUUCAGUCCUUAUCUGCCUCCUAAUGUUCCAAACGCGCCGCACCACUAUCCAGACCACAGCAUGGCACGACUACUGGAUAUUCAAUUUCGCCUGCUUCGGGAGGAACUGAUUGCACCACUUCGGGAUGCUGUGCAGCUCCUGGAAGGAGAUUUCAACUCCCCCAAGUUUCUUGACACACCGUUGGGAACCCUUGUCCAAAAUCUUGGUGGUUUUUACAAAGGGUACAUCAACCGGGAAUCGAUCAUCUUCCCCGUGUAUACGGAUAUCGGCCUCGCAGCUUCCAUCAUCUUCAACACACCGCCUGGAAGAGCGAGAGCGGAGGAUGCAGCCACUCGCGCCAGUUAUUGGGAGCAUUCAAGCAAGCGGCGGCUGAUGCCCGGCGCAUUGGUCGCUUUGCUGUGGAAGACAAGCUCCGAUUUCCAAAUCUAUCUUGGUACCGUAUGCACUUCGACUGGAGAUCUCGCAAAGUCGGCGAGGUCAUCUCGUUACCGCCUCUCAUUAGGGGUUUCCUUCUUCGAGCCAUCAAUUUACACGCGGAUUCUAGCGGACCUCAAACAUUCGAUGAGACCAUCCUCAGAUAUCAGAGUCCUCAUCGAGUCGUCUAAUGAGGUCCGCACUCCGCCUUUGUACUCCACCCUCAAUGGUUUUCAGUAUGAACUCGUGUCCUUGUUGCAUGGUGAUGUUGGUAUCCAGUCCCUCAAGUUAGACACUACCAGUCAGGACAGUAUCACCCGCACCAGGGAGAUUUUGAAGAGCCCCCAUCCCCUUGACGCCACACGUCUGAGAAGUUUCUUGGAUCCUAGCCAAAGUGAUGCAAUGAUUGAUAUGCUUACAAGUGAGCUGGGUCUCAUGCAGGGUUAUACGGGUGUUAGACUGACCAAUCUGCUGCUUGAUAAUGGGGUGAAGCCUGUUCUUCUAAUUGCUUUCACAAACCAUGCUCUGGACCAUCUUCUUAAGUCGAUCUUGGAAGCACGCCCUUCUACAAAAGCUAUUCGGCUGGGCUCUCGUUCUAAUGAUUCUAUGAUCGCCGAACUUUCUCUCGACGCUAUUGAGAGAGCGAGCGAUCGUUCGAAGCUUUCUCCCUCUCUUGGUAGGGUCUAUGCGGAGCUCAAAGGAAUAGAGAAGACGAUGGAGGAAGUCAUGAAGAAGGCUAUGAGGAGGGAUCCAUCGUCUGAUGACGUUUUGGAGUUCUUGGAAUCCGGCGACGACACUUGUCAUUUUUCCCAUUCUUUGACGCAUCCUCCCUCCGGGAUCGAUCGACUCUACCAUGAAAGGUCGGAAGAGGAGGGGUCAUGGACCCGAGUUGGAAAGAAAGCUCCAGAAGUCCUCACGCGUUAUGACUUUUGGAAGCAAGGAGCUGAUCUUGAUUUUGUGGACGGCGAAUUCGCAGCCAUUAAGGCUGCUAUGCACGGAGGAGCUGAUUACGUAGAGCAGGAUAUCUCCCCGCAAUUUUCCGACCUGCAGAUCGAUGAUGAUGAGAUUGAAGAUGCGGAAUCCGAAACGACAUCGGUUGCAUCUGAAAUAGGACCAGAGUAUCUGUGGAUGUCACAAAGGCCCAACGUUCGCCACAUUCCAUUGGCUACUCCAAGUUCUUCUCGCCAGUUACCACCACAGACCGACGGUGGUAACGAUCGCCUACCAGUCUCAUCACCUCCAGAUCACUAUACAAGACUAGCGUCUCUUUUCGUUGAAUUUGAAUUUGCAAGUCUUCUUGACCCAGCAGCCCAACCCGACAGAAAUCUGAAUGACCUCUGUAAUGUUUCUGACGUAUGGCAUACGACGCGAACUGAGAGAGAGAAGCUAGCCCAACACUGGGAGCAGCGAGCUAGUGAACGCAACUACCAGAUCGUGAAAGGAGAGUUCGAGGAUUUACGCGGGCGGCACGAGGCAGCGCAGCGGCGUUGGUCUGAGCUAAAGGAGGAGUCGAGAAUCUCCAUCCUUGAACGCGCUGACCUUAUUGCAUGUACUACUAACGGUGCUGCCAAGCUCACUAGAAUGCUCAAGGCAGUGAGUCCCCGAGUGUUGGUUGUGGAGGAGGCAGGUCAAGUAUUGGAAGCCCAUGUUCUAUCGAGCUUGGUGCCCUCUGUUCAGCAUCUCAUACUUAUUGGGGAUCCUCUUCAACUGCGGCCCACGAUUUCCAACUAUUCUCUUUCUAUGGACCAUCCUGGCUCAGGCUCUAAAUUGUAUCGCCUGGAUCUUUCCCUGAUGGAACGACUAUCAUCUCUCGGGUAUCCCAUGUCUCAGCUCAAUGUCCAGCGCCGAAUGCGGCCAGAAAUUGCCGAUCUAGUUAGGACAACUUUGUAUCCAAAUCUUGAGGACCACUCCCGAGUUUCCAGUUAUUCCCAAAUGCGAGGGUUGGCGAAGAAUGUAUUUUUCUUGGAUCAUCGCUUCGGCGAAUCAGGAGAAGAUGAAAACUCAUCAUCUAAGACAAAUAAAUAUGAGGCUGCCAUGAUCAAGGACUUAGUGCUGUAUCUCUUGAAACAAGGCCCCUACUCAGGAGAAGGCGACAUUGUCGUAUUGUGCGCAUACCUCGGCCAGCUGGCUGAAGUUCGAAAACUUCUGUCUUCCGAAGUCACUACGGUUCUAGAUGAACGCGACCUUGCUCUCCUAGAGGAGGCCAACCCCGACGCAGAGGGGUCCGAUCCAUCCUUAUCAACAAGUGCUCAUCAAGUUCAGCACAUCCCUGUGUCGAAACGAGUCCUGCUUCGAACGGUUGAUAAUUUCCAGGGUGAGGAAGCAGAAAUCGUCAUUUUAAGCCUGGUGAGGAACACGGGCGAAGCCGUUUUUGGUGGGCGGGUCGCAUCUCGUGGGGCACGUUCCAACCAUGGGACAAUAGGCUAUCUAAAGUCGAAAAAUAGGACAAACGUCGCCCUCAGUCGAGCAAAACAGGGCCUCUAUAUCCUUGGAGAUGCUUCACUGCUCGCUACUCGCAGUCCCAUGUGGAAAUCUAUCAUCGACCUGCUGAGUGAGAGAGACUCGUUGGGAUCUGCGCUACCUAUUUGUUGUCAAGUUCAUCCGGAAGAUGGGCCCAAACACGUGAACCAUCCAGGACAAAUUCAGCGAGUUGCGCCCGACGGCGGCUGUCUUCGACCGUGUGACGGACGCAUGCCUUGCGGGCAUUUGUGCAAGUUCAAAUGCCAUUCGGAAGAUCCCAAACACAUUGGGAUCAAAUGUCAUGAGCCAUGCACUAAACUCUGCCCCAAAAGCCAUCCCUGUUCUAAAAAAUGUUUUCAGCCUUGCGGUGACUGUGAAUUUCCUGUCUAUAACGUUUUACUUCCUUGUGGGGACGUGAAGCCCCAAACAACUUGCGUUCUUGCGUCCAGGCCCGAGGAUAUUCGAUGCGAUGUCAAGAAAGAGAAGGCUUUGCCCGAUUGCGAGCACAGAGCAGAGCUUCCAUGCAGUCUGGAUCCAACUUCGUAUGCAUGCCAAUCCCCCUGCGGUACAGUUCUUGCUUGUUGUGGCAAGACAUGUAGCGCCCAGUGCUGCGAGUGCACAAUGUUGAAUAAAGCAAACGACAAACGGAUUCGAACCCACCACAAAGAACAUGCCUGCGGAAAGGAUCUAAGGUGCGGCCAUAGUUGCACCGGAACCUGUGCUGUGGGCCAUGAAUGUUCUGGUCAAUGCAAGUCCCCGUGCCGUCAAACAUGCGAGCAUAAUGCUUGCCGAAAGACUUGCUCAGAAGCCUGCAAACCUUGUUUAGAACCGUGCACUUGGCGUUGCCCUCACAAGUCUUGCAAUGUGCCGUGCGGCUCUAUUUGUACCCGUUUACCAUGCGACAUCCGAUGCGAGCAGACGUUAGCAUGUGGUCAUCCUUGUCCCUCGGUGUGUGGAGAAAACUGCGAUCUGCAAAUCUGCCCUGCUUGCGCAACUACAGAUCAGAAGAAUACGGUCGUAGACUUCAUCGUCAAUGGUACGCUCGGGGAGAUAGAUUUUUCUUUAGAAGAUUGCGAAAAUCGCAUCAUCACUCUGGAAUGCGGUCAUUUCUUUACUGUUGAAUCGUUGGACGGAAUAUGUCACCUUCAUGAUUUCUACGGAGUCGAUCAGAACGGCAAAUGGGUUGUCCCAAAAAAUCCGGCGGCGAAGAUCAUCGAUCAUCCCAGAUGCCCGUUGUGUCGGCGAGAUAUCACAUCUCCUCGCUAUGGGCGGGUAGUCAAACGUGCCAAGUUAGAUUUAUUGGAGCACAACCUUGCCUCGAGGCUUUCUAGGACGAUGUCGACCAUCAAUUCUGAUAUUCGAACUUUCGAUCAAGAGACUGCCAUCAGGACUAUCGAAGGCGAAGCUUCUAGAUCCAAACUUGUCACCUCGGAUCGGGAGCCCUUGUCUCCACAGAAGGAGCUCAAGGCCUUUGAGAAGUUGAUGUCUCGAGACAGCGUCAAACUGGUUCCGAUCAAUGGCCUUUCCACGCUAGCUGGCAUUUCUCAAUUCCCACAGACGUGGAAAGACUGCACCGUAAAGCUGUUGAAGAGUUAUAACAAAGCGGGGGAGGUUGUCGCUACUAGAUGCGCUCACCUCCAAGCAUAUGAGGCCGCCUUCGCCCAAGUCUACAAUGAUGCAUUGAGGGAGGGUGUUGGUAGUCGAGAAGCCCGUCACCCGGAGCAGCUCGCCAUGAUGUUAGCGAGAACGCGCAUUGGCCAGCCGAAACCAUCCGCUAAUAAAAGGUACCAGGUUGAAGCGUUAUGGGCAUCUAUCCGCAUACGCUCUCAACUUGCCGAGCUUGCCAUGCCGCAAAAGGAAGAACUUGAGGCUGAACAUUGUGAUCGAUGGCUGAAGUUUACCUUGUUUCUCUUGAAAUCAUCCUUCAGUGAUGCGGAACUGGCUCUCGACAUCUGUCAUGAAUCUUCUUCACAUCGGAAAAUGGUACGAUCGGUCAUCGUGGUCGAACGGGCAAGAUUCGAACUACUUCAAUUCAAUUGGAAGGCCACAAUCUUGAAGAACGUCCUGGAUAAAGAGACCCGCGACAAAUUCGGUUCACAAGCAGACGAAAUGAUGUCUCUUUUUGGGCAGGCUGUUAGCAAUUGCCGUACGCAAUACUCACAGAGCCGCCCAGACGAUGGGGUGUGGCUUGACACAGAAUUGGAUGGCCCAUCAAGAUCCUUGAGGAAGCAGUGGCAGCACAUACGACGGGCGAUCUUCAGUGGUACCUUUUACCAACCUGUCUCUCUUGAAGAUAGGCAGGCCAUACUUCGGGCGUUCGAGGAAGAUGUGUCCUUUGCUUAUCGUGGGCAUUUCUAUCAAUGUGACAAUGGACACCCCUAUGUCAUCGGCGAGUGUGGAGGUGCUAUGCAAACAAGCGCUUGCCCCGAAUGCGGUGUUAGGAUUGGGGGGCAGAGUCAUAACCUGACUGCUGGGAACCGCCCUGAUACUGAAAUGGAAGGUCUAGCUGCCGCGAUGGGCGCGCAGGCCAGCCCCUGGCAGCGGGGCAGGGGCGCUUAUUAACGACUUCACGCCUCUAGCUGCUUCCUGGGCUACUUCCCAGUUUCCCGCCCGUUUAUUUCUGCAUUCAAACCAGUAAGGUAAUUGUCAAUCGAGCGAUACUUGUAGGUUACGUUGUCUUCAUGAGUGACACACAGUCUUGGCACAGUAACGGUGUUCAAGAAUGCGGGAUACAAUUGCGGCCAGCUAUAUAUUAUAUUGUUAUCCAUCACCCAAGGAACAACGGAGAGCCGGUUAAGACUUGGAAGUUUUGCACAUCGCUCUGCUGUUUCCAACAAUCGAGGAUGGAUUAUUUGGGCAGGACAGUCAAUUGGGAUGGCAUGGACAUCACGGAUGAAGGGGAAAUUGCCUUGGGAAAUUAAAGCCAGUCGACCUAGAUAAGCCAAACCAUGCCAGAGGAUAUACAGAAGGCGUGAGAAUUUUAUACAUUGUUUACAUAAUUCAAGGAUUGUGGCCUGCGCAGGCAACA